AUGGCGGUCUACGCCUCCAAUGCCUCCUCUCGUGCCGGCGGUCCGUUCACCUCCAACGCACCGCCUGGCCUUUCUCAACCUGCCGCUCCAGCCGGCACCUUUCUGCCAGGUACCAAGGUCCAAGUCGGCACGCACCGUGUGGUCAUCGACCGCUACCUCUCGGAGGGUGGUUUCGCACUUGUCUACGUCGUGCAGCUGCCACGGCCUGUAGAUGGAAACGACAAGGCCGUACUUAAGCGAGUGGCCGUGCCGGAUAAGGACCAUUUGGCAAAUAUGCGCACCGAGGUCGAGACGAUGAAGAGGUUGAGGGGUCACAAGCACAUUGUCAAGUAUAUUGAUAGCCACGCCAGCCAGCUCAAGGGUGGGGGUUAUGAGGUGUUCUUGUUAAUGGAGUUUUGCCAGGGUGGAGGAUUAAUUGAUUUCAUGAACACACGGCUGCAGAAUCGCUUGACGGAGCCGGAGAUUCUAAAGAUCUUUACAGAUAUCGCGGAAGGCGUGGCGGCGAUGCAUUAUCUGAAGCCGGUGCUACUGCACAGAGACCUGAAGGUGGAGAAUGUGUUAAUCGGUGUGGGAGCCGGAGGAAGAAGGACUUUCAAGUUGUGUGAUUUUGGAAGCGCAGCGCAACCGCGGCCGCCCGCGGCGAAUGCUAACGAGGCGAGAUUGAUUGAAGAUGAUAUUCAGAGGCACACGACCAUGCAGUACCGAAGCCCGGAAAUGAUCGACGUGUACAGGAAGAUUCCGAUUGACGAAAAGAGCGACAUAUGGGCGCUGGGGGUAUUUCUCUACAAGCUUUGUUAUUAUACGACGCCUUUCGAGGAAGUGGGCCAGUCAGCCAUUCUCAACGCCAAAUUCAAAUAUCCGGCCUAUCCCAGAUUCUCGGAUCAGCUCAAGUUGAUAAUUGCAACGAUGCUAAGGGAGAAACCUGGGGAUAGACCGAAUAUCUAUCAGGUGCUCCAAAAGGCAUGUCAGCUGGACGGACGGGAGCUGCCUGUGAGAGAUAUUUACGCGCACAGAAGCCAGUCCGAGGGCAGGAAAGACCAGGUGUUGCCGGCCUCGCCGAACAGCUCGCAGUCACGUGUGGGAGCGACACUGUCUCCUCCAGCAGCAAGUCAAAAACAAGAGAUCCCUGACAUUGCCCCCAUGCGGCGAGGGAGGCCUACGAAGCCGGUCUCGCACCAUGGCUCGGCAAAGCCUAGCCCUUCGCCACUGAGGAUGGUUGAUCAAGGCCAGGCACAAUCUGACCCGUUCGCUGCAUUGGAUGGUGGCAAGCAUGGUGCUGCCGAUGAGCUCUCGUCCAAGUUCCCGACACUGGACGAAUUCUCGUUGAUGACUGACGGCCGGCAGAAAUUCGCUUUCGAUGCCGGACCAGAUAGGAAAUCUCAGGAUGCGGACCCAGCCUUGUCGCAACGAGUGACCAACGCACUGGCAGAUCAAGCAUUUGCGAGAGCACCCAGCCCAACCAAGCCUGCAAAGCCUGCAGUGGUGGACAAACCUGCGACAAUGCCAAAAUCUUCGACAUUGCUGGAGAAGACGCGGUCGAGAGAGCAAAGGGAGCCUCAAGCGAAACCCACUGCCCCACCGGUCGUGCCACAGAAGUCCGCCAUGAUCUCCACCGGCACAAUGACAUCUCCAUCACCCCCCUCUGGCGCUGUCAAACCAGCCCUGGAUCGUCCCGUGUGGAGAGUUCCAUCUCACGAUCCCAUUGCGGCCGCGGCGGCAAGACCGGCCAGUACGGGGCAGACAGUCGCUAAGACUCAGGCAGCUGAACCUCCGGGAAUGGAACAGUCCCGCUUAGCACGUCUCCUCCAGCAGGAUGCCUCUGUUUCACAGCCGGCCUUGCUAGAUCAUACUCCAAGGUCGCCAACAUCCUCUCGCCCGUCCCUUGAGGGCGGUCGACCAGAUCCGAAAGAGAUCGAUUUGGGCUUAUCCAGAUCGAAGUCACUGGAUAUCAGAAAGCGACCGGUGACUGUUAAUAUGGGUACACGACCCACGCACAUCAAAGAUAAGAGCAUUAAGCAGCACGACUAUGAGGCCAACUUUGUCAGUGCUGAGCCGGAGGCCGAAGAUGCAGCCACUGGGUCUGAUAUGAACAUUGCUUCCGAUAUGGACUGGUUGAGGGCAAGAGAAGAGGAGGAACGCGAACGAAGAGGACAUCAUAAGAGACUCAGCAGCGGCUCUAAACAUGGGAAACGCACCAGUCUGCCUCAUAUGGCGCUGACGGGGACUAAGCACAUCCUGACCGGCCGCUUUGGGGAUGCUUUCAAGAAAUUUGAAGGAGGACAUGGCAGUCCCACGUCGGAACAUCACCCCCACCAUUCGCCUUCCAUAGAUGCCCAUAAAGGCUUACCGGCGAUACCAGGUUCUGAGGCUACAGAUCUAAGUGACGACCGAGCCCCGCUCGACGAGACAGAGGAUUUGUCCCCUGAGAUGCGCCGGGAGCUCGAGAAAAGGCAACUCGAAGCAGAAGAGAAUCGGGUGGCGCAGGCCGCAGCUGCGUAUCGACAACGCGUGACAUCUCGGGGUGGUGCAGGCGGCGGCAUUGGAGGUGUGAAUCGCGCCGCAACGAUACAAAGCAAGGUCCAGUCUCUGAUCUCCGAGAACAACAAACCGGCGGCGAAGACGGCGACUGGUUAUGGCCGGUAUACAAAUGAAGUCCUACCGCAGGGGGCACAUCCUGAGCACAUUCCGUCGAAUCAAGCAGCCGGGAUGAAAACGUCGAACAGCGUGCCAGUGCAGAGCAAGCCCAUAUCAGCACCUGCAUCGGCUGUGAACCUAGCUGCCCAGAAUACCCGCACACCAAGACCAACAGCACCUCCAAAACCGCAGGUUCUCCGGAACGCGCAGAUUAUCACGGAUACACCGACGAGUCAAGCACAACCUGGCGACGCGAUCAGCCCAGACGACUGGGAACGGAAGUUCAAUCAAAGGUACCCAAGUCUAUCAGGGCUGGAAAUGGUGGAGACGGACAUAGAGUCGUCUAAAGCACCCGUAGCCAAGGUCAGAGAGGUGUAG